GCUGAGUCAGGCUGGGAGUUAGAUACAGUAUCAGUUAUUAAUACUCAGUUACACUAUGAAGGAUCCCCUCCUCCUGCUGCUCAUCGCUGGGGUCUCUGGGGUGUAUUGCAGUCACUCUCUCCAGUAUUAUUACACAGCAGUCUCAGUUCCCGGAUAUGGGCUGCCGGAGUUUUCUGUCGUUGGCUAUGUGGAUGGGAUACAAAUUGAUAAUUACAGCAGUGAUACCGGCCGGGAUGUUCCUGUAGCUCAGUGGUUGGAGAAAGAGGAUCCUGACUACAAGGAGAGAAAUACGCAGAUCUUCAAAGGCGCUGAGGCUGUAUUCAAACACAAUGUGAGGACAGCAAUGCAACGCUUCAACCAGACCGGAGGUUAUCACUCUGUCCAGUUGAUGUGCGGCUGUGAGCUGAGAGAUGAUGGCAGUAUCGGGGGGUAUGAUCAAUACGGUUAUGACGGGAAGGAUUUCCUGUAUCUGGAUACCGAGCGCGGGGUUUAUAUUCCGGUCGCACCUCAGGCUCAGAUCAGCGCACAGAGAUGGAACAGCCCGGAGGUGAGAGAGGGGGAGAGAACCAAGAAUUACCUGGAGAAUCUCUGCAUCGAAUCUCUGAGAAAAUACAUCCAGUACGGCAAGGAGGAGCUGGACAGGAGAGUUCCUCCAGAGGUAAAGGUUUCAGAUCAGAAAGCAGACGGAACCACAAAGCUUCUCUGCCAGGCGUACGGGUUUUACCCCCGGGACGUAGAUGUGAUUUGGAAGAAAGAUGGCAUUGAGGUUCCCUCGGAUGAAGCCAAAAAGGUUCUUCCCAAUACUGAUGGUACUUACCAGAUCACAGCUACCGUGGAAGUACCACCAGAGGAGAUGGACAGACACUCCUGCCACGUGGAACACAUCAGCUUGGACAAAACACUUAUUGUGAAGUGGGAGCCAAAGUCCAACCUGAUCAUGUGGAUAGUGAUUGGUGUUGUCAGUCUUGCCGUGAUUGGCAUCGCUGUUGCAGGAUUUGUGAUGUGGAAGAAGCGUUCAGGGAAAGAAUAUGUUGCAGCCAACGUUUCAGAAAAUGGUGGAUCUUCAUCCUCAGAUGAGAACCUCAAAGCCUGAAGCCCUACAAACAGCUGGGAUCAUUACAGAUAAUUCCCGUAUCAGAUAUAAUGGAUCCCGUCCUGCGAGACCGCUACCGCCUUCCUUUCUUUAUAACGACGCAGAAUGUGCACUAUAUUAAUGGCUUUUGUAGGAAUUGGUUCAAUAUCAUAGAUCUGCUUCAAACAUGCUAAUGAUUCCCAUAGUCACAAUGAUUUAAUCAAGUUUUUACAUUUUACCGCUUUGUUGCAAUAUUAAAUAGUUAGUUUAUUCCUGUUGAUUACGGUGGGUAGAUUAAGGUAGGAUUAAGAGGGUCUCCCAUUGUGUCCUUUCCCAUUAUUCCCAUUUAAGGGUAGUAUAUAGCACCCCGUAUGGUGUAAUCCGAAAAACAAUUCUCCUCCUCUCAGCUCACUUUUACACGUCCCAUCCGUGCUGUACGGAUAUGAGUUCAUUGUGUGUUUGGUGCUGUGCGUUUUUUAUAUCUUUUAGCAUGGAUGAGAUGUCAGUGUGCGCAGCACUAACCUCCAUCAGGCAGCUCAGCGUGGAUUCCUUCUAAAUCUUGUGUUUGUCAUUUAAUCAAAAACUAUCCCAAGGUAAAAGGAAUGGCACAGAUCUGACCCAUAGCUCCAAUUAUGUAGAACAAGAAGCUGUUAUUUCAGUUUAAGACGCUGUAUGAGCUGUGAAUGGUAUUUUUUCCCCUUUUUGCUGCUCGUCUCCCAGGUGGAGAGAUCCUGGUGAUCUCCCAGAACUCUGGGGUUUUAGAUCCAUCAUGAAAUCUAACAUAUUAUUGGAAAAACACGCUAUCGGGAGAUCCUCCUUUAUUCUGAAUAACGUGACCAUGCAAAUUAUACCGGACUUGUGUUACAGGGUUUCUAAAUUCCUUAUCACAACUCAGGUUUGAAAUCCCUGUAUUUGUUUUGCUCAGAAAUGUUUUAGUAAUAAUUAAAGGAGGACCUUAAGGAAGCUGUUCCAAUAACAUGGUAUUACAUGAUAAUGUAAUUCACUAUUAUUCUACAUUUAUAUCACUGAACUAAUAUCUGUACUUCAUACACUUCAGUAUUAUCAAUAAAGGUUCUCCUGACGAGGAAUGUCACUCAUUCAGUGUUAGCCGGGAUCACAGAGCUUCCAAUGGUAAAUAAGAACAUUCGUUAUUGCCGUUUAUUAUAAAUCUAAUUAAUUACACUGAGUUCUACGAUUUCAUAUCAUGUUCCCCAUAACCGAGAUUUGAGUUCUGUGGGAGAGCUGGGGAUUGAGCAGCAAUGUCACUAGUAAAGUAUAUAUGAAAUAAACUAUCAGCAAAUAUAAUGACAAAUCUAAAAUCCAUUCAACCAAAUACGUAUUGUUUUAAAAAUAAAACAAUCCUAUAUUAUUUACAAGGAUCUGCAAAGGUUUCCGUAGUUUAUUAUAAAUCUGAGUUGAUUCUGAUAUGGAAAUGUUAAACAUAUAAUUAAAGUCUGAUUGCAUACAUUU